AUGAAAAAAAUAUAUAAGGAAACCAAAACAGACGAAAUUUUUCAAUCUCAAAAAAAUAAAUAUCAUCAUUUAAUAAAUAAAAAUAAUAUUUAUAACAAUAUAUAUCUAAAUUUAGAUGUAUAUCAAAAAUGGAGAAAUUUAAACAUUGAUAAAGAUGAAAAUAAACACUGGAAUGAGAAAUCAUUAGAUAUGGUAUUAAAUGUUGACUCAAAUUUAAUGGAUAAAAAUGUUAAAAACUUACUUAGAAGGGGAGUAUCAGAUUCACUAAAACAUUUAAUAUGGAUACGUUCGAAUGAUGUAAAUUAUUUUGUAAUAAAUUUCCCAAAUUUUUAUGAAACAACAAUAUACAAUACAUUUGGUGAUAAAAUACCAACUAAUUUAUCAAAUGAUUGUCCAACAUUCUGUGGAGGUAUAUUAGGUUUACAGGAAGAUAUAAUGUGUGUUCAAACAAAAAUAGAAGAAUUAGAAAUAGAGAAUAAUGAUGAUUGUAAUAAUUUUAAUAUUAAUGAUUCAACUAGUAAUAUAUUACAACUAUUAUUUAAUAAUCCAAAUGAAAAUGAAAAAGAUAGUGAUAAAUAUUUAUUACCAGAACAUAAUUUUUGGUUAGAACCCAAAACGUUAAGUACUCCAAAUUUUGGGUUUGCUAAUAAAAAAAAAAAAAAAAAAUUUUUAUACAUCGAAAAUGUGAAAAAUAAAAUUUUAAAGAAUAAAAAAAUUGACAAUUAUUUAAGAGUUUCAUCGGAUUCUGUUUUACCAUAUUCUAGCAACUUUUUAAUUAAAAAUAUAUCAAAUAGUUGUAUAAAUAAUAAUUAUAAUAAUAAUUUAUAUGAUAAAAAUCAAAAUAAAGAAAAUAUCAAUUCUGUUAACAAUAAUAAUAGCCACAUGGAAAAUAAUUUUAAAAUAUCUAGUUGUAGUAUGAAUGAUAAAAAUAUUCUGAUUAAAGAUGAUAUUAUAAUUUUUAACAAUGUUAAUGAUAAGCAAAGUGAUUCUACUAACUUAAAUUAUAAUGUAAAUAAAAGUAAUACUCAAAGUGAUUUACUUUUAAUGAAUAAAGAAACUUCCGAAUCAAAUAAAUAUUUCCAUAUUCAAUAUUAUAUGAAUGAACAGUAUAUAAUUAGUAAGAAACAGGCAGAAAAAAUGAAUAAAGCAAAAUUAUAUUUAAGAACUAAAAGGAAAAAAAAAUCAAUAAAACAAAAAGAUAAUAUAAAAACGAAAAAUUCUAAUGAGUCUAAUACAAGUUUAGGAGUACCAGACUCAAAUAAUUCUUUAUCAAGUUAUUCUAAUGAAAAAACAUUAAAUGAUGAAAUGGAUAAUUUUUGCUUAAAUAAGAAUAAUAGUUAUAAUCGAACGAAAAGUUUUUUCAAAAAAACAUUUAGUUCAAAACAUACUUAUAAAAAUAAUGAAAGAAAGUUAUCAGAUCAUAUAUCAUUAUUAUUAAGAGAAAACUUACAUACAGAUAAUAGAGAAAAAAAAAUGACAUCUAGUUUAAGUCUAGAUAAUUCUUUAAUAGAAAAAAACAUGAAAUAUGAGAAGGAUAAUAAAAAAUAUAUGGAAGAAGAACAUGAAAAAAAAAAAAAAAAAAAAGAUAUUUAUAAGGAAAAAAAUAAAAUAAGCAAUGAAGAAAAAUGUAAAAGUAGUUGUAAACAUAAUAUAAUUACAAAAUUAGAAGAAAAAAUAGAAAGUAAUAAAAAACAUCAAAAAAAAAAAGAAGAUGUAAUGAAAUUAAGUUUAUUUAAUUCAAAAGAGAUUCAACAAAAUGAUCGUGGAUCAAUAGAUUUUGAUGGAAGUGAAAUUUAUAAUCUUAAAAAUAAUGAAAAACAUAAUAAGAAAUCUAUUUUUGGUAAAAUAAAAAAUAUUUUUUAUAAAAGAAAAAAAUCAAAGCAUGAUGAAAUAUCAUUAAUAAAAUAUCCAAGUAAUCAUGAAAAUACAUUUAUAGAAAAAAAUAUAGUAUCAACAAAAGAUAAUUAUUAUAAUAAGAAUAAUACUUUUAAUAAAACAACUGAGGAUAAGAAAAAAAGUGAUUCAGAUGAUGCUAAGAAAAAAUAUAUAGAAAAAGACAAAAAUUUAAACUAUAAUAUUUGUAUUAAUGACAUAAAAGAAGAUAAAAUGGAGAAUUGUAUUAAUGAACAAAAUGACAUAAAUUCAAAGAUUCAUUAUAAUACUUUUAAUUCAUCUAUAGAUAAGUAUACUGCUAACAGUGCUAAUAAUAACAAUGAUAAAAAUAGUAAUUAUAAUGCUAUUAUUGAUAAUAAUGAUUAUAGUAAUAAAAUUAAUUGCAAUAAUUAUAUUAUUAAUAAUAAUGCUAUUUUAACAAAAAAUAGCAAUAAAUAUAACAUUGUUAUUAGUAAUCAUGAGAAUUAUUCUAACCAUUCAAAUGCAUUAAAUUGUAUAUAUAAUAAAAAAAGCAGUUACACACUUAGUGAUAAAGAACACAUUAAGAGGAACAACAAAAGCUUUCUUUCAAAAAGUGGAAAAAUCAAAAGUACAAUGUCGAAUAAUAAAAAUAAAAAGUUAAAAUUCUUUGAAAAGGAUGAUAAUGAUUCAAAUAUGAACGAUUUGACUACAAUAAAUGAAUACACAGCUAGUAAUUUAUUAGAUGAAGAAGAUAAUUUUUAUGCUAAAUAUGAAGAAUUAGAUAGUUAUUCAUCUUAUAUUAAAAAAAAUGAGAAUGGUAGAGAUGAAGAAAUACAAAAAGAAAAAUUGAACGAAUUUUACUUAAAGAAAAAAGAAGAUCAAGAUGAUUAUAAGGAAAAAAAAGAAGAUAAUAAUAUACUUAAUUAUUCUUAUAAUACUGCAUAUGAUAAUGAUUUAGAGAAUUUUGAGUUACCUUCAAGUCACCCAUUAAAUGAAGAAAAAAAAAAAAAAGCAAAAAAAAAAAAGAAAAAGAUUAAUUUUAAAGAUGAGUUUGAUGAAGGAAAAGGAGAAAAUGAUACAUCUGAUAAAGAAAAUGAAAGAAUAAAUAAAAAUAGGGAAAUAGAUGAAAAAAAAAAAAAAAAAAAAGAAUUGAUAUUUUGUUAUUAUAAAGAUGAUAGUGAUGAAGAAAAAGAGAAAGAAAAUGAAGAAGAAAAAAUAAUAAGUAAGGAGAAGGAAAAUGAAAAAGGAAUGGAAGAAGAUGAAUUAAAUAAAAAAAUAAAAAAAAAUAAUUAUUCUUAUAAUAGUAAGGAAAAUCAAAAUUCUGAAAAAGAGUUAUAUAAUAAAUUUUAUGAAAAUAUUAAUAAAAAUAAUACAUAUCCAAAUGUAUAUAAUUUAGAUGAUGCAACGGAAUUAACUGCAUUAUUAAAUGAUAAUGGAAAACAUGAAAUAAAAAAAUUACUAUGGGCUAUAAAUAAUAAUUUUGGGAAUGAUGUAGAAUUUGCACCUAUUAUUCCAAAUUUGUGCAUAAUUUUAUUAAUAUAUUUUAAAGCUUCUGUUGUUUAUUGUAUUAUACAUUGUUUAAUUAAAAAGGGUAUAGAUAGCAUAAAAAAUAAAGAACCACCAUUUUUUGUUUAUAAAAGGAAAGAUUUUGUUAAGUAUGUGAAAUAUAUUUUGAAUUCAUUUAUUCAAUUUUUACCAAAAUGUUAUUAUUACUUGAGGAAAUUAAAUUUUGAUUUGGCUGCAUGGACGGCAAGAUGUAUUCAAGAUGGAUUUUCAAGAAUGUUACCAUUUGAUUUUGUUUUAAGAAUUUAUGGUACUUUUUUAUUUGAAGGGCAAAAAACAUUAUGUUUAUACUGCUUAGCUUUACUUAAAUUUUUAGAAAAUGAUAUAUUAAAAUGUACUAAUAUUGAAGAGGUAGAAAAUAUUUUAUAUCAUAUAUGUAUGCAUCCUUAUUUAAAUAUAAAUGAUUUAACAGAAAUAGCAUAUAAAUUUAAAUUGAAAAGUAAAGAAAAAUAUUUGAAAUUUUCUACAAAAUGUCCAUCCCCUUAUUUAAUGAAUGUAAAAAUAAAAACAUUUUAUAGACCAAGAUUAAAUGAUAACUCUCGUUUAAUUAAUUCAUUUCAUUGGGAAAAUAUUUGGGAAAAAAUUCCAAGUAAUAUUAGAUCAUUAGAUCCAUUUUUAACAUUUUGUUCUAAAAAAGAUGGAUACAAUUUACAAAUGUUGUUAGAGAAAACAGAAAAGAAUAAAAAAAAACCUAUGAUUUUAAUUUUGAAAACCUUUGAUUAUGAUUUAUUAGGAUUUUUUUGUCCAUUUUCAUUAAAUAGAGAUUAUGAUUUUUUUAAGGACUCUGAUAAAAGUUCUGCAUUUUUGUGUACUUUUAAUUCUACAUUUAAAUUUUAUAGAUGGUCAGGUAAGAAUAAUACUCUUGUAUUAAUAAAAGAUGGUAUAUAUAUAGGAGGAAAUGAUAUUGCCUUAUUUAUUGAUAAAGAUAUCAAGUAUGGAAAAACAAAUUCAUCAGAAUCCUUUUUAUCACCACCUCUUAUAUCCAGUGGAUAUGAUUUUCAAAUUAUGGAUAUAGAAGUAUGGAAUUUGAAGUAA